CAAUAAAGGGGUCUGUUUGCAAACCCAGCCACCGAAUCCAUACAAUCAGCGGGGUCGUUGAGGCAUGCGUGGCGACGGAGGGGUUGGAUAACUUUUGGAGAAAUUAGAAAGCCUGCGAGCCAGCCAGCCGACGGUUUCGCGAGCCAAGGGGGAUGGGCACGGUGGAUCCAUUUUUCCAGCAAGCAGUCAAGCACCAAGUCAAUAUGCCCACCCACCAUUCUCUCCGAAAAUUAUCCAAGGGCCGAACCUUUCUUUCAGCACUCAUACUCCUACACGCCAGCCACGGAACCAUGCCUUGUAGAAUCCUCUCAUCACCUUCUUCUCCCCUCGUCUUCCUCCUCCUCUUCAUCUCCAUCAACGGUCACCCUGCGAACAGUCCCCCAACCUCAUUCUGUCCAAAUUCGACGACCUGUGGCGGACAACUUAUUACUUAUCCAUUCUGGGUCCAGAACCCCUACUUAUACCACUGCGAUUAUCAAGGAUUUAUGCUGAUAUGCAAAGAUGACCACCCAAUCCUUUCCCUCGGCUCCCACGAGUACACCGUAACCAACAUCGAUUACCACAACCAAACCAUUUCUCUUGCCGACACGGAUGUCGUCGACGCUGGCACCUGUCCCAGGCCUCGGCACAACCUCACCUUCGAGGACAAAUUCUUCCUCGACUACACCUCCUCGGACACCAACCUCACCUUCUUCCUCAAUUGCUCCUUGGAAAAAGAUCUAAGCAAGAACCAAAUAACCUGCUUUCCCGACAGCGAUGGCAACUCGUCUUACAUCUUCACCGAUGAUGAUCUUCCGACCGCCAAAGAAUACGGUUUGAUGCAGCGGUGCCAACGUAUAGUGGUGGUGCCCGUGCUCCAUGAUCGGGAGAUCAUCGGUGCUUACUGGGACCAUUUGGUCGAUGACUUCGGAAGGCUGUUGAUGAGAGGCUUCCAGUUGCACUGGUCCGACGAGACCUGCGAGGGCUGCAAGCGCUCCGGUAGGCGCUGCGGGUGUAACCAGACAACCAGCACCAGGUGGGCCUUCGGCUGCUUUUGCUCCGACGGGAUGCGCGACCACAAUUGCGAUUUAAGCAGUACGGAGAAUUCAAUCUUGUCGACCUAUGUUUUUGUUUGUUUAUUGUUUUAACGGAAAAGGGUUAGUCUUAGAACGACAUACUUCCAAGACAGUUGCCUGAAAUUGAAGGGUAAUCAAAGGGGGAAAGUCCAACAUCCAAAAUCUUGGAGAGUGUAUGGCUGUAGAUAUAGCUGCAGCACGUCAUCUACUUGUUGCCCUCGUAGUAGAUACGAGUGCAGCAGAAGCCCAUCAGAAUUACGACCAUAUGACAAUGCUGCUUGUUUGUAUGUUUGUUUUCACGAGAAUGCUUUGGCAACUCAACAAUGCAACUCCAAAAAUCACUCAGCUGGUGUGGUGUGGUUGUUCUUGUUGCUCCCUUUGUAUUUCCACAUUUCUAUUGUGCCAUGAGUAGUUCUUUGUGCACCGUAUGCGGUGCAAUAAGAGUGCACCGCUCUUUUUCAUUGAAUCAUGUAGCCACACUUUUCAACGCAAAUUAAAUGCGUUAGUUCUAUUUUUUAUUUUGAAAUUUUGAAUGACGAAAAUAUCUUUCUAUUCUGAAAAAAUUAUAAUAUCCCAUGGCCUGUUAUGAUAUUCUGAAGACAUAUCAUGACUUUCUGAAAACAGAAAGUCAUAAGAGGGAGGGACAUUUUCAUCAUUAAAAUUUUUUUAUUUCAAAUUUUGAAUGAUAAAAAUACCACUUUGUUCUGAAAAAAAAUUACGAUAUCCCGCGGUCUGUUAUGAUAUCCUAAAGACAUAUUAUAACUUCCUAGAAACAGAAAGUCAUACGGGAGAAGGGUAUUUUCAUCAUUGAAAAAUUUCAUAAAUUUCUCAAUGACGAAAAUGCCCUUCCCCCUUAUGGCUUCUUAUUUUCAGGAAGUCAUAAUACGUUUUCAGAAUGUCAUAAUAGGUCACGGGAUGUCAUAAUUUUUUUAGAACAGAGGGGUAUUUUUGUCAUUCAAAAUUUCUAAUAAAAAAGUGGAACUGCAGGCAUUUAAUGAGUAUUGGAAAACAGAAGCUACAUGGUCCAAUGGGAUGGUGCAGUGCACUCCACAUCGAUUUUAUUGCACUACAUGCGGUGCACAAAGUAUUUUUCAUUGUGCCAUAUAAUGAAGCAACAUGAUGGACAGUUGAGUGACUUUUUUAAAUGAUUCUUGUGAGUUAUCGUAGCUUUUUCUUUUUCUUUGUGGUUCAAAAAUAUGGGCAUAUGUCAAAUUCAAUCAUUCA